AAGUUCCAGGCGGGAUUCUGUGAGCUGGUGACAGUGCUGGUGCGACGUUGUCAGUACAGCAUCAUCUACGACGAGUACCUCAUGGACACCCUCAUCUCCCUGCUCACUGGCCUCUCCGACUCCCAGGUGCGCGCCUUCCGUCACACCAGCACCCUCGCAGCCAUGAAGCUGAUGACAUCGCUGGUGAGGGUGGCACUGGGCGUGAGCCUGCACAAAGACAACAACCAGCGGCAGUAUGAGGCCGAGAGGAGCAAGGGGCCGAGCCGCAGGGCCACGGACAAGUUAGAGGCACUGCUGGAGAAGCGCAGGGAGCUCCAGGAACAGCAGGAGGAGAUCGAGAACAUGAUGAACGCCAUCUUCAAAGGGGUCUUUGUGCAUCGGUACAGGGAUCUGGUGCCUGAGAUCCGGGCCAUCUGCAUAGAGGAGAUGGGGAACUGGAUGCAGAGCUACAGCGCCUCUUUCCUGACAGACAGCUACCUCAAAUACAUUGGCUGGACCCUGCACGACAAGCAGCGGGAGGUGCGGUUCAAGUGCCUGAAGGCCCUGCAGGGGCUGUACCGCAGCCAGGAGAUGGCUGCUCGCAUGGAGCUCUUCACCAGCCGCUUCAAGGGUCGCAUGGUGUCCAUGGUCCUGGACAAAGAACCGGACGUGGGUGUGGAGGCCAUCAAGCUGCUGACCCUGAUUCUGCAGAACAUGGAGGAGAUGCUGACAGAUGAGGACUGCGAGGCCGUUUACCCCGUGGUGUAUGCUUCCAACCGGGCGCUGGCUGCUGCCGCCGGGGAGUUUCUUUACAAGAAGCAGUUUGACCUGGAUUGGGAAGCCGGGAAGGAGAAGGGGCGCCGUGGGGGGAGCAGGGACUUCUUCAGGCUGCUGCUGUCUUUCUUCAUCGAGAGUGAGCUCCACGAGCAUGCGGCGUACCUGGUGGACAGCUUGUGGGACUGUGCUGCCCCCCUGCUGAAGGACUGGGAUGGCCUGACGCACCUGCUGCUGGAAGAGUCCCCGGAGGAGGCAGGCUGGGGUGACCAGCAGGAAAACGCCCUGAUCGAGAUCCUGGUCUCCAGCAUGCGUCAGGCCACGGAGGGGAAGCCGCCCGUUGGCAGGGGCCCUGGCAAGAAGGUGCUCUCAGCGCGGGAGCGGAAGGCCCAGGAGGACGACAGGGAGAAACUCACUCAGUACCUCAUCCCGCUGCUGCCCCAGCUGCUGGCCAAGUUCUCAGCUGAUGCGGAGAAGGUGGCGCUCCUGCUGGCCGCUCCGCGCUACUUCAACCUCAGCCUCUACAGCAGUGGGCGGCUGGAGAAGUACCUAGAGCAGCUGCUGGCCCAGCUGCGGGAGGUGGUGGAGAAACACACUGGCCAGGAGGUGCUGGAGGCUGCUGCCCGGGCGCUGUACGUGCUCUGCAAUCCAGAGUUCACCUUCUACAGCCGCGUGGACUUGGCCCGCAGUCGCCUUGUGGACACGCUGGCUGACAAGUUCCAGCAGGAGGUGUCCGAGCUCCUCCAGGCCUCGUACCUGGACGAAGACGAGGUUUACAGCAUGGCUGCCACACUGAAGCGCAUUUCCAUCCUCCACAAUGCUCACGACCUGACCCCAUGGCAGCUCUAUGAGCCCUGCAGCCGCCUCCUCCAGCAAGCUGUGGACACAGGCGAGGUCCCCAAGCAGGUGGUCAUCCCCACCAUGACCUGUCUCCACUUCGGCAUCCUCUGGGAGCUGGCUCGUGUCUCUGGCACCGUCUCUGUGCAGAAAGAGCUGCUGGCCCUGAAGCGCAAAGUCGCCUCCUUCUGCUCCCUCUGCCAGAGCUGCCUGAGCGAUGUGGACUCCAGGGUCCAAGAGCAGGCCUUUGUGCUGCUGAGUGACCUGCUGCUGGUUUUCAGCCCGCAGCUGGCUCAAGGUGAGCGGGAGGUGCUGGAGCUGCUGGUGUACCGGCCCGAGGUCGCCCUGCAGUCCCAGCUGGCCGGAUUCCUCAUGGAUCAUGUCUUCAACCAUGCCGAGCUCGUGGACAGUGAUGAGGAGGACAGCGAGGGGAAGAUCGAGAGGCUACACCAACGGCGCAACCUGCUGGCCGGUUUCUGCAAACUCAUCAUCUACAACGUGCUGGAGCUGAGCGCCGCCUCCGACGUCUUCAAGCACUACGCCAAGUUCUACAAGGACUACGGGGACAUCAUCAAGGAGACGCUGAGCCGGGCGCGGCAGAUUGACCGGGAUGAGUGGGCCCGCACCCUUCUCCUCAGCCUGCAGCAGCUGCUGACAGAGCUGCUGCUGCAGCAGGGCCCGGAGGCAGUUUACGGCAAGGCCUUCCUGGAGAUCCGGGAUCUGGCACGGCGCUUCUCCGUGUUCUUCGGCCUGCACCAGCUGCACAACCGCCAGGCGCUGGUGGCCCUGCACAAGGCUGGGAUCAAAUUUGCCUUCCAGGAGCCAGAACCCUCUGGUUCAGAGCUGGGGCCCCUCAACCUGCCCUUCCUGGAGGUGCUGAGCGAAUUCUCCCCCCGCCUGCUGCGCCCAGACAAGAAGCUGCUCCUGUCCUACCUGGAGCAGACCUGCCAGGCCAGGCUCUCCCCACAGCAGAGAGGGAAGCGCUGGAAUUCACUCCUGAUGUAUCGCCGCUCGCUGAGAUCCCUGGAUGACAUGGGCUCCAAUGCCAGCCGGAUUGCAGCCCCCCGACCCCGGAGGAGACCUAGCUCUGCAGCCAAGAGGAGGCAUCUGGAUGACUCGUCUGAGCGAGGGGAUUCCAGCCUCCCGCUGAGCAGCCGCCUGGAGACACCGAUGCUCACGUCAACAGCGCUGAAAAGGGGACACCAGCUGGGCAGCCCGGCGCAGCUGCAGGAAGAGGAGGGGUCCGAGUCGGACUUCGUGCAGAGCCAGCCCUGGUUCAGCUCCCAGCGCUCCCGAGAAUCACCUGGCCGGCAGCAGCAGCUCCUGGUCCCCUGGCGCACCUCGAGACUUGGGCUGGGCAGCAGGAUGGACCGGCUCAGCCUGAUGGAGGAGGAGGAGAUGGUGAUCCAGGCGGAGAGCAGCGACGAGGAGGAUGCCCAGGGCCUGGACAUGGUGAGGGGAACCCUGGCCCUGCUGCGGCGGGAAGGGCUAUUGGUGAUGUGUCGAGGGCCUGUGAGCCCCAGCCUGACCGCGGCAGGCCCCUUACACGCAGCCUGGCUGGGGAUGACCCUAACAGGAGCUGCGUCCAGCGGGGUGUCCAGGGCCUGGCCCCCCCACAGCCACUUCCCCUGGGGCGCUCUCCACCUUGCAGCCAGGACGCUGGCUGGCUUGCUGGUGGCAGGAGGGGCACUAAGGCACUGGUGUUUGCCUCUCCAGCCGCUGAUCCGCUCGCACAGCUCCCAAGGUGAGCAGUUCCGGGACCUCUUCGACUCCACCAUCCUUGGCAUCGAGGAUCCCUGACGUGGCUGGAGCAGGCGGGAGAUCACCCCUGUCCGGGAAUGGGGCCCUCGCUGGGCGUGGCCUUUCCCAGGGAAUUACACACCAGGCUGUUUUUCUGUUGCACUUUUAUUGUGUCUGGCUACAGGACCGGGUUCCCAGUGUGGGUGAGCACCCUCGGGAGUCUGCGUCGACGGGU